AUAAUUUUCUUCAGAGAGUUGAUUCCAGUAAGCGUCUCUUUCAUUUGGUUCGCUCCGUUUGGCCGCGAGCUCUCUCAGUGUACUUUCUCUCUCUCCAUUGGUUUGCGUGCAGAGGUGAAGGCGAUGUUAUGAAUGUAACCUGCGUUAAGUGAUGAUCACGUGUUGUCUUUGAUUAAUAUUAAGCAAGGCUUUUCGAGUCUAAUAUGAGAGAAAUUCAGAGCCCUAGGCUGCUUAUGUAAGGAUCGACACCAUGUUACGGCUGUGGAUGAUGAAGAGAAAAAAAAUCUUAUUUCCCAGGCAGGGAGCAUGUGGAGCAAGGAUGAAACAGCUUCCAUUUGUAGGAAUUAUCUGUACAAUAAUGUUGCUCUACAUUUAUAGGACAACAAAUUAUGAGUAUCACCGGGCCAAGCGGAUGGAGUCUGAAUUUCUUCCUUUCUACACAUUAAAGGAAACAGGUAUGCAUUCGGCAAGUUUGAACGGGCUGCCUAAUGGUAUUAUUGAAGCAAAUUCAGACCUGGAGUUGAAGCCUUUAUGGAUGAGAAGCAGUUCUAACUCAAAGAACUGUAUGCAGAGCUCUGCUAAUUUGCUUGCAAUGCCGGUGGGAAUAAAGCAAAAACAUAAUGUCAACAAAAUUGUUCGAAAGUUCCUUCCAGAGAAUUUUACUGUUGUCUUAUUCCACUACGAUGGAAACUUGGAUGGGUGGUGGGACCUGGAAUGGAGUAGGGAUGCCAUACAUAUAGUAGCUCUGAACCAGACAAAAUGGUGGUUUGCAAAGCGUUUUCUAAAUCCAUCUGUUGUGUCUAUAUACGACUUCAUUUUUCUUUGGGAUGAAGAUUUAGGGGUCGAGCAUUUCCAUCCCGGAAGGUAUCUGGAAAUUGUUAAAUCAGAAGGACUAGAAAUAUCUCAGCCAGCUUUAGACCCCAAUUCUACCGGCAUACAUCAUAGGAUCACAAUUAGAAAUAGAAUGAACAAAUUCCACAGAAGGGUCUAUGACGCCAGAGGCAGUACCAAAUGUUUGGAUAAUAGUGAGGGCCCACCAUGUACCGGUUUUGUUGAAGGAAUGGCUCCGGUAUUUUCAAGAGCAGCAUGGCAUUGUGCCUGGCACUUGAUACAGAAUGAUCUUGUUCUCGGAUGGGGACUAGACAUGAAACUUGGAUAUUGCGCUCAGGGGGAUCGAACUAGAAAAGUUGGUAUAGUAGAUAGCGAAUAUGUAGUUCAUCAGAGCAUAAAAACACUCGGCGGUUCAUCUGCAAAUAAGGCCUCCAACUCGGACAAGGACAACACAGUGAAGAAGAGCCACAGUCUCGACGUGAGGUCAGAGGUUAGGAGGCAGUCGGCGAUAGAACUUAGGAAGUUCAAGGAACGAUGGGAACAAGCUGUCAAGGCCGACAAGAAAUGGGUUGACCCCUUUCCGACAAACAAUGGAUGACAAUGACAAACCAAAUAAGAAAUGACUCGACCACUCCGAGGUUUAGUCAUCUUUCUCUAUAUUCUAGAUAUACAUGCAUACACAUUACACAAGUACAUUAACAUCAAUUUUUUCUAGUGAUAGAUAGAUAGAUAGAUGGAUCUCAUUCAUAGUUGAGAUUUACUACAUUGAACUCACUUAAAUCUUGUUUAUAUAUUCACAUACAUUAAUUGA